CGUUCAUUCGACAUCUUGCUUGAGCAAAGCUAAAGAUGCCACCAUGUCGACCUUCGACGGCGUCGUCAAAGAGUUUCCUGACAUUCGCAUCGACUGCUUCACCCAGCCUGGCGCACUGGCGUGCUUUCUCAGCCAUGUCCACUCUGAUCAUUUGAGGGGCCUCGAGUCCUUCAGGUCGCCCUUCAUCUACUGCUCACCAGCGACACGAGACAUCCUGCUGCGUCUUGAGAAGUACCCUCAUCGCAUGAACUUUGCCAAGGGGAUACUGGAGUCGAGGAAGCAGACCUAUAAGCAUCUCGCGAAAUUGCUGAAACCUAUUCCACUGGAGACACCAACAACAAUCGAGCUAACACCUGGUAACUCCAUCCGUGUCACACUCUUCAAUGCGAAUCACUGUGUCGGUGCCGUGUGCUUCCUGAUCGAGGGUUCAGGUAAGGCCAUCUUUUACAGCGGCGAUGUUCGAGCCGAGAAUUGGUGGGUCAACUUACUUAUCCGUAAUCCUUUCAUCAUACCGUACGUGCCUUCACCUACCCACGGGGGACCUCCACUCAAGCAACUUGAUUGCAUCUAUCUCGAUACAACCUUCGCGGUCAAGGACGAACCUUACAAGCAGUUCCCAUCGAAAGCUGAGGGACUGAGUGAGCUGCUUCUCGCCGUAUCGAAGUACCCGAAAGACACUGUUUACUACUUUGAUGCGUGGACAUUCGGGUACGAAGAGGUCUGGCUCGCGUUGUCAAGCUUUCUAGACUCCCAAGUCCACGUGGACGACUACCGUUAUGGGCUCUAUCGUGCAGUCGCAAACAGCCAGGAGACCAAAGCAGCCGAGGCUCCCAAGCUGAUGGGAUUCCACUGCGGCAAUCAUUUCCAGAAAGGAUGUCUGACCUUGCAGUCCGCCCGGUUGCACAGCUGUGAGAGAGGCACGGGAUGCGAGGUUUGGCAGAAGGAUUAUGUUCGCAUCACACCAAUCAUAUCUCGUCACGAUGGUGUUGAGAUACUAGAAGUCGGCGCGGGCGGCGGGCUGGGAGAUAUCAGUGCACAUCACGAACUGGAAGUUUUUGACGCCGCUCUUGUCGGCCAAUUAAUCGCACUAUGCGCCAUCAAGCUUCAAGGCCAACCACAACUCCUAGCUAAGGUGACUGACAUGUUGUCCCACCUCAUCAGUCAGCGAGCAACCAGUAUCUCACUGGACAAGUCCGGAUUCAUCAAUGACUGCCUGGGUGCUCCGGAGCACGGCGAGGAUCGGUAUGGAGAAGCCGAAGAACUACCGCUUGAGCGCCUGGUGCCUGCUCUAGCCAAACUGGUCACGAAGAGAGCCUUGAGCAGAGAUGGCGGCUCUCCCGUCAAUAAGUCUGGUGUCACUGGCCCUCGUCCAGAUGGCCUUCCAAGACAGGUGACAUUUCCAUACUCCCGCCACUCGUCCUACAACGAGUUGUGCGAGCUUGUCGACGCCUUCAAUCCGAAAGACAUCCACCCGUGCACGGUUGAUGAAGCUCACUGGACCGCCGCCAAUUCCAUGGCGUUUUUGUUUGGUCACCUUUACCAUCACCUGCCCAGCUUCAGCCAUGAUCAACAGAUGUUCAAGAAGCGAAAGUUGGAACCGAUGAGCGCUGAUAUUGUCUCUUCGCGCCAACAAAGCGGGUCACGCAACGGCUCCAGGGCGAAGGCUGAUGAGCUUGAGGAAGAUCAUGAUGGCAGCCGCCAGAUCCCGGCUCUUGACCGCCCACUCGACCACAUCACUUGGUCCGGCAGCCCUGCGACAGAACACCGUGAUGAGAGUUUCGAGAAUAUGCCAUCUGACACACUGGCAAUAUCAACAAGCGGGGUAGGGUCACCCAACAAUCCGCAGCAUGAUCCGUUCAGAGAAGGACUUCACAAGGCUUCCUUUCCUGGAAGGCAUGAGGACCCGCCUAGACAAGCCAAACGGCAGAAAGUCGCCAAGGGGUCAAUUGAAUGUGGCCGGCUUUCUCCACCAUCUGCACAGACACGGUCGCGUUCCGAUGGGGCCCGAUCCGCUUCACCUGCUGUGGAUGCAACGGACGACAUGAAAGUGUUGGAAUUACCACAGAAGCUGUACGAACAUGCCGCACAAUCGGCACCAUCGGCGCAAAGAGGGCGUACUGCAGCGAUGUACCUCCCUAAGGGACGCUUACCCGGGGAUUGGCUGCACGAGAGGCUGCAGACUCAUCAAAGACGGCAGCAUGCAGGAGAUGCGAGCGGCGAUGGCCACUCCUCCGUCACCGAAGUUGCGAAGCAGAUUAAACGCCGUCCCAAGAUCAGCUCGGUAGCUACCGAUGAGCGGGUGUCACCACAACACGAUAUGCAUUACAAUCCGCCGUCACAAAGGCCGCCCUCCCGACUUUCGCGAACCGGACAGGAUCAGAGAAAGCCGAAGUUGGAAAGCACUGAAACCUUGCCAGAAGCAUCACGGAUCGCACGGCGUCAGAAGGCAUUCAGUGCUGCCCUGAACGAAGAUGGUGCUGACUGGUCCAGCAUCUCGCUAGUUUCGACUUGGGGCGGACAUCAGGUGCGGGAAGAGGAGCUGUGAAGCUUCAUGGUUGUUGUGUGAGCGAUGGUUGUAUUGUGCGUUGAUGUGAUAGGCGUUCCUUGGUGCUGUGUUAUGUUGCAUGAUACCCUGGAC